AACAAAAAAAUCCCGCACCAUCUCCUCUCUCUCAUCGAAGCAGACUCUGUUUCGUGGUUUCACCGUCCCCUCGCCGUCGCCCUGUACUCGCGCCACCGCUUCCUUCCUGUUCCUGGCAUCUCCUCUAGAGACAGAUCUGCCCUACGCCCCCAGCCGCGGCAAGCCCUCCUCCCUUUCAACCCCAAUCGCUCAAACUCGGGCCGCUGCAGGAGCUUUUCCUUCAUGCGUUCAUAACCCCUUGCUACUGUUCCACGUGGUCGCCGCCACCGCUUCCUGGCAACUCCGGCCGUAUGCGCAUCAGACCAAUCCGCCCCGGAUGCCAUCGCUGCUGCAAGUGCUAGCAGCCGGAUGACAUACCAGUGCAGCCCGACGGCCGUGAACAAAGCAUCCUCAACCUCACGCACUAACAGCUUAGAUGUUGAAGAGCGCCUUGGCAGAGUCAAGUGUGGACAAUUAUCUAGGAAGCAAGUGAAUGGAAGUUCAAGUAACCAUACAGCAGGAUCCAUUGGAAUGCCAUUACGGGCCCCUUUUCAAGAUAUUACAAAUGUGGUUGACUCACAUAGUUUAUCAAAAGGGAAACAAGCACAAAAAAUUCUUGGUUCAGUGGAUCAUCCAAUUACUGGGACAAAACGAUCAAUCAAUCUAUCUGGCAUAUCCAUACAGUCAAAUACUCCUUCAACUGGACACGUAAGUCUACCAACAAAUGCUUCCGAGCGUAAGCGUUAUCGUGAUCGGGAAAGAUACUUGGAGAUGACUCCAGAAUAGCGCGCUGCCUACCUGGAAAGGAACCGUGAGUACAAACGGAGAAGGAAAAAUCCUGCUGCAGUUAGUGAUAAUGCACAAUCUGGGAGUCAAACUUGUACUUGUACCAAUGGAAGCAUGCACACAACUAUUCUCACCAGUUCAAUUACAGAAGGUACUGGUCAACAUAAGCGUGUAUCAGCAUUCCUGGACAAGGGCAGUGGACAUAAGAGAAGGAGAAUGUCUAAUGGGGCAGGUCGUAGUAAUACUGGAAAGGGAACACAUGAAGAUGGUGUAGCCAAUGAGCAGGAAGACCAUGACAGCACCAUCUAUGUUCCAGAUGGUUCUUUUCCUGUCCUAGAAGAUGAAAUUGGGCAAUCUGAAUAUAUGACUGAAGAUGAUGAGGGUUACAUAUUCGCUGGACACGGAACGGAUUGCGUAUUAUCAUAUCGAGACCAAAACCAUGCAAAUUGUGAAAUGCAAGAUGAUCCCUUUGAUUGUAUAUAUCGGAAUGUACCAAGUGGCCAUCAUGUUUUGGAGCCAGUGCCUAACUGCACAAAUUGCAAUGCAAAACGGUUCCAGUAUGAGAAUCCAACAUUUUGUUGCAUGGGUGGCAAGGUCAAGAUAGUAACUCCAUAUGUUCCUGAUGAAAUGCGCCGACUAUACACAAGUCAAGAUCCUGACGCUAAGUACUUUCAGGACAAUAUCCGAGGAACCACAAGACAUGGAGACAACGUACCAAGAGAAUUCAAAUAGGUCGAUUUGUGGCUGCUCACCCUGCAGAAGGUGAACGCUAUUACUUGAGAAUAUUGCUAAACCAUGUGAGGGGGGCUACAUCUUUUGAUGAUUUACGUACUGUUGAUGGUGUUGUUUUCUCCACAUUUAGAGAAGCUGCAGAGAGAAGGGGUCUCAUAGAAGCAGAUGAUAGUAUUUCUGACUGUCUCACCGAAGCUGCCACAUUUCAAAUGCCCUAUGCACUUAGAAGGCUUUUUGCUACAAUUUUGGCAUUUUGCGAAGUUACAAAUGUUCGUGCAUUAUGGAACAAUCACUUUGAAGCAAUGUCUGACGAUUUUCGUAGGGAGAACAUAAGUGAUGAAGCAAUCGAGAAACUCGUGCUUGGAGAUAUUCGAUAUUUGUUAUAUUCCAUGGGAAAGGACAUCAAGACCUUUGAUCUUCCAGAUCUAUUGGAUGCUGAUGAUCUGGACAGCUUAGAGGCGAGAGAAUUGAGUGAAGAAAUGUCUAUUGAAGUUGCUAAAGAAGACCUGGAGCUGCAGGCAACUUUAAACAAUGAACAACAGCUUGCUUUUGAUGAAAUAAUGGACCACGUCUUGAACCAGAAGGGUAAGGUCUUCUUCAUCGAUGGUCCAGGAGGUACAGGAAAGACGUGCCUUUAUAAAGCUUUAUUGGCAAAAGUAAGAUCAAUGGGUUUGAUAGCCAUUGCAAUAGCAACAUCUGGCAUUGCAGCUUCUAUCAUGCCUGGUGGUCGGACGGCCCAUUCCAGAUUUAAAAUACCAAUAAAUGUUCAAGAAGAUACUGUGUGCAACUUCAGUAAGCAGAGUGGGACAGCUGAAUUACUUCGAAGAGCAUCUUUGAUAAUUUGGGAUGAAGUUGCCAUGACAAAACGGCAAGCAGUUGAGGCACUUGAUAGAUCCCUGCAAGAUAUUACUGGUUGUAGAUCACAAUUUGGAGGUAAAGUAAUUGUGUUCGGAGGAGAUUUCCGACAAGUCCUUCCAGUAGUUAGGCGUGGCACUAGAGCCCAAAUUGUUAAUGCCAUUCUCAGAAAAUCUUAUCUGUGGGAGGAUAUAAGACAAAUAAAACUCUGGCGCAAUAUGAGAGCACAAACAGAUCCAUGGUUCUCUGAUUUUCUCUUGAGAGUUGGCAAUGGCGUUGAAGAAUCAAUUGGUGAAGACUAUGUGCAUUUACCUGAAGAGAUGGUUGUAGGUUACACACAUUCAGAGACCUCGGUUAGUAAGUUGCUAAACGAAGUAUUUCCUUCACUUGACAAGAAUGGAAGAUUACCGUCUUAUAUAAGUUCUCGUGCCAUUCUUUCCACCAAAAUGAAUACGUGGAUGAAUUAAAUGUGAAGCUUAUAGAUCGAUUUCCUGGAGAAGAAAAGGUCUACUAUAGUUUUGAUUCAGCAGUGGAUGAUACUCACAAUCACUACCCACCUGAAUUCCUGAAUUCUCUCAUACCUAAUGGCCUACCUCCACAUGUUCUCAGGCUGAAAAUAAAUUGCCCUGUGAUCUUGCUUCGGAAUUUAGAUCCUCAUAAUGGGUUAUGCAAUGGAACAAGGCUUAUUAUUAAGGCAUUUCAAGAUAAUGCUAUCGAUGCUGAAAUUAUUGGAGGACAACAUGCUGGAAAGCGAGUAUUCCUUCCAAGAAUACCUUUGUAUCCUUCUGAAGAUGAUGUGCUUCCCUUCAAGUUCAAGAGAAAGCAAUUUCCAAUUCGUCUUAGCUUUGCAAUGACAAUCAAUAAAGCUCAAGGUCAAACAAUUCCGCAUGUUGGUAUCUACCUUCCAGAACCUGUGUUCUCUCACGGUCAACUAUAUGUUGCAUUGUCCCGAGGAAUAUCAAGGCAAACAACAAGAAUACUUGCCAAGCCAAACAGGGAUGUCGACCCAUCAGGAAAAAGUACCAAAAAUAUUGUCUAUAAGGAGGUUUUGGCA